AUGGCCGCCACAGGGAGGAAACACCUGGUGAGAGAUUUCAACCAUUUCAUCACCUGUUACCUGUGCCGAGGCUACCUGAUUAAGCCCACCACAGUCACAGAGUGCCUGCACACCUGUGAGUACAAACACACGCCUCCACAUUCAGUUUUACCGGCGGCUAAAGAGGAGAUGUUGGACAACACCCUGGAGGAGAUCAUUUUCAAGCUGGUGCCCGGGCUGAGAGAAAGGGAGGAGCAGCAGGAGCUCGAGUUCUGGAGGAAGAACCAGCCCAAAGAAAACGGCCAAGAGGGCCUGAGGUGCCAGCGGGGGGGGCUCCCGGACGGGGCGGGCGGCGGCCAUGACGGCGGCGGCCAUGAUGGCGGCGGCCAUGAUGGCGGCGAUGACGACUAUCACCGUGGCGACCCGCAGAUCGCCAUCUGUCUGGACUGUCUGCGCAACACGGGGCAGGCGGGGGAGAGCACGGUCACGGGGAGGAGCAGCAGGAGCUCGAGUUCUGGAGGAAGAACCAGCCCAAAGAAAACGGCCAAGAUCGCCAUCUGUCUGGACUGUCUGCGCAACACGGGGCAGGCGGGGGAGAGCACGGUCACGGCAGGAGAAGAUUUGAUGAAGAGGUUCAUCCGCUGCUCCAGCAGAGUCACCGUUGGAACGAUCAAGAAGUUCCUCAGUCUUAAGCUAAAGCUGCCCAGCUCCUACGAGGCCGGUGGCGGUCAGCCGGUGAUGUCAUCGCAGCGUUAG